UACACCGUACAUGGAGAGAUCCAAGGCCUGAAGCUGAGUGAAAUCAGCAAGUUUCAGAAUAAUAAGCUGGGAUGAAGUUUCCCCGUAAAAGACGCACAGAAAACAACAUUAAUAUUUUCCCUAUGGAUGUAUGAGAUGCAAGCACGUCUGAAGAGUCACGCCCUACAGACAACUACGCUCCCUUCUGUGGCAGGUCGCCAAGAGGCCUCUCUACCGUAAGCUGUAAGGUUUCAAUCAUUAAAUGAGCACGUAUUUAUGUUACGCCGUUACAAAGUGUUUGGAGAGCAGGCGCUGUUUGCUCCUGGGCUGUUCCCCGCGCUGCCGCCCUCCCGCCAGGAGGGGACGCCAUCCCGUCUCGCGCAGCGCCCGCUCUGCCCGGAAGUCCCGCCCCGACCGGAAGUCGGAGUAGGCGCAUCCCGGAAAAUGGCGGCGUCCGCGAGCGCUGGAGGGACGCGCCGGCGCGGCUGCCGGGGGCGGGGGCCCGAUAGGCAGCAGGGACGCGGGAUGCGCCGCGGGUCGGGGGGCGGCACGGAUGGGGCCCUGAAGCGGCUAAAGCUAGCAGUGGAGGAGUUCGUGCAGGCGAGCUCCGAGGGUGAGAUCCCCGGCGGCGCCGCGGGGCCCCGGACGGGGGAGCGCGUGCGGCCCGGCGGGAGGAGAAGCCGCCGGGAGCUGAGGAAGGAGAAGCGGCACCUGAGGAAGGUGCGCCGGCUUCAGAGGACUGCGGGCCCCGCGCAGGGCCCGGGUCCGGGCGGCGGCGGCGGAGCAGGGGGAGCGAGCGGCCCCCGGGCGGACGGGGCGGAGGCGGCGGCGAGGGAGGGCGGCCGGCCGUCCCCUCGUCGGGCCCCACCGCCGCGGGAGGGGCCGCGGCAUCCGCAGGCCAAGGGCGCCCGGGCCCGCACCGAGGCCAGGGGCGCCCCCGGGACGACCAGGCCCUCUGCAGCUGCCGCUGCGGCUCGGAAACGGGCCCUUCUGGCGGCCAACGAGGAGGAGGACCGGGAGAUCCGAAAGCUGGAGCGAUGCCUCGGCUUGAACAAGCGCAAAAGGAGGGGUGACGGUAGCUCCGUCCCGCUUAGCUUUGCUCGCGACGGGCUCGACUACGUCCUGGGAGCCUGGACUCUGGAAAACAAUAGUGGCUUGUACGAAAGCAGCAGUGAGGAGGAGGAGCAGGGCGCCGGACGGACGCUCCCCGACAGUGGCUCGGAGAGCGGCUCCGAGGGCGAAGCGGAGGAGGAGGAGCGUGCGGAAGAACCGAGCAAGCCGGGCGCGGAAGCCGGAGCGCGGGUCGGGGAGGAGAGGGCGGAAGACCGCGGAAGGCAGAGCCACGUGGGAAAGGAGCAAAAGAGAGUCCGUUUUGCAGAAGAAAGGAGUGACCCUUCCUCUGAGGACUCUGACACAGCAGAUCAGAGUCUUUGUGAAAACAACGGCAAGUACAUCCCCCCUCACGUGAGGCAAGCUGAGGAAACAGCGGGUGGUCAGAAAAAGGAGGGACUGGAGAGACUACAGAAACACGUCAGAGGUCUGAUCAACAGGUUGAGUGAGCCGAGCAUGGCCUCCGUAAGCAGGCAGCUGGAGGGGCUGUACAUGGCCCACAGCCGGAAGGACAUGAACGACACCCUGACGGGCGCCCUCCUGAGUGCCUGUGCCCCGGACACCGCCAUGUCCAGCAGGCUGGUGAUGGAACACGUGCUCCUGCUCAGCGUUCUUCACCACACGGUCGGGGUUGAGGUCGGUGCUCACUUUUUGGAGGCCGUGGUGAGGAGGUUUGACACCGUCUAUAAGAACGGAGGUGAAGGGAAGGAGUGUGAGAACUUGCUCACCAUUGUCGCCCAUUUGUAUAACUUCCACGUGGUACAGGCUUGCCUGGUCUUCGACAUUUUGAAAAAACUUAUCGGAACGUUCACAGAAAAAGAUAUUGAACUGACCCUGUUAAUGCUGAAAAACGUGGGCUUUUCGUUGAGAAAAGAUGAUGCUUUGUCACUUAAGGAACUGAUCGUGGAGGCCCAGGCCAAAGCCAGCGAGGCCAGUGGCAAGUUCCAGGACCAGACCAGGGUUCGGUUUAUGCUGGAGACCAUGUUGGCACUGAAGAACAAUGACGUGCGUAAAAUCCCCGGCUAUGACCCCGAGCCUGUGGAGAAGCUCAGGAAGCUAGAGAGAGCGUUGGUACAGAGCACCGGCUCCGGCACGGACACUCAGCUCCGCAUCUCCUGGGAUGGCAUCCUGAGCGCCGAGCAGACCGGGCGCUGGUGGAUCGUGGGGUCCGCAUGGAGCGGGGCUCCUAUGAUUGACAACAGUCAGCAGAAGGUCCUGGAGAAGCAGCCCUCGGGGACGGUUAGCGGGAAGAUACUAGAGCUUGCCCGAAAGCAGAGAAUGAACACUGAUGUCAGGAGAAACAUAUUCUGUACAAUAAUGACUAGUGAAGAUUUUUUGGACGCGUUUGAGAAGCUUCUGAAGCUUGGGCUGAAGGACCAGCAGGAGCGGGAGAUUGUUCAUGUUCUCAUGGAUUGCUGCCUUCAAGAGAAAACCUUCAACCCUUUCUACGCAUUCCUGGCUGGCAAGUUCUGUGAACACCAGAGGAGGUUCCAGAUGACUUUCCAGUUCAGCAUUUGGGAUAAAUUUCGGGACUUAGAAAACUUGCCAGCCACUAAUUUCUCUAAUUUGGUUCACCUGGUAGCCCACUUGUUGAAGACGAAAUCACUUCCACUUUCUAUUUUAAAGGUAGUUGAAUUCAGUGAAUUGGAUAAACCCAGAGUCCACUUUUUACGAAAAGUGUUAUAUAUUCUGUUAAUGGAAACAGAAGUUGAAGACCUUGGUUCAAUUUUUGCAAGAGUGUCUGACAACCCGAAGCUGGGCUUGUUGAGAGAAGGUCUGAAGCUCUUCAUCAGCCACUUCCUGUUGAGGAGCGCGCAGGGGAACACAAGUGUGGAGGAGGCCAGCAUGCUGAGAGAGAGGGCUGACCUCUCAACUAAGUCUCUGCAAGGCAAGGCUUCCCUGAGAAUGUAGUCCAGAAAAGGAGAGGAACGGGUGGUCAUUUGUCUGAAAGUGUCCUUUUUAAACCCAAAAGGCUUAUUAUUCUGAUGACCAUGUGUGUAAGCUUGAUGGAGCUAUGCCACAGUCUGUUGUAUUUAAGAUACUGUGUUUUAGAUAAUUUUUAAAUUCAAGAUUAUACUGUAUUUAUGUUUUAAACCGUUUUCACCCGUUCAUAGAACGGGAUGGGGAGAACGCAGGCUGGAAGGACAGGCAGACACCGGACAGGGUCUCUGAAUGGACUGGGCGGGGUGCCGGUGUGAUCCCCGGUGUGAUGGUCUUAUUUUUAAAAGACAAAUAGUCCACUAGAGGGUGCAGCUAUGAAGAAAUUGAUGGCGUUUUUUGAUCUUCUGUAUGUAUUGAUUUAAAGUUCAAAAACCACUAGUUAAAUGUGGUACCUGAUAUUUAAUUGAUUAUUUCAAGUAUUGGGAAUGCAAGUGUGUUGGAAAAGUGAACAGUUGACUUAGGCCUUGCACAUACCUGUACGGCAUGGUACGCACAGAAGCUGCCCACCAGCACUUGCCUAAAAUUCUGACGUGGUGAAGGACGCUUCCUGCGUGUGUCCAUCACUUACACUCAUUAACUCCAGGUUGUAAAGCACUGUACUAAGCAACUUUGAAGUCACCAGAUAGAGACCGGAUGCAUGAUGGGUAUGCCUCUGAGCUAGGUUCUAGGAGGAGUGCGUGUGAAUAAAACAGAACCGCCCCCUGCAAGGAAUGAACGUUUAUCUAGUGAAAGACACAUCCCACGGGUACAGUCAACUCUGGCUGAUUCUGAGAAGGCACAGAUCGACAAAUGUCUGUUCUCCCGCUCUUAGAAUUUGCUUCUCUGUCUUAAAUGCUGCAAACUUGAGUUAAAUGUCACCUUCAGUUAUUGAAAAGUCAUCAAAAUGUGUGUAUAGAGUAGGAUUUUCUGCAGCAUCCACACAUGCCCGGCAGUGCACUGUCCCGCAGAGUGGUCACUUGGCCCGAGUGAGGCCACUCCCGCGCGAGCCUCCCUUUGUCGCAGACUUUCAGACACUAUCCUUACGUGGCCAGACAGCAGUUUGUGUUUAGAAAUGACCACGUGAAGUCGUAAGUGUCUCCGUGUACGCUGCUAAACUAAUGGUUUAAGUCUUGAAUGCACAAGGAACACAGACAUCUGUUUGCUGGCCUCCCCCGUGCUUGUUGAGUCCACCGACGGCCCCACCACACCCGUGCCUUCCAGCCGGUUCUGACCCUCGUCUGCAGAGAACAGAGAGCGCUAGCCGAGAGGCUCCACCUUCUC